AUGCCUCCUGGUGGCGGACGAUGCUCUCUCGAAGUUCGAGACUGGAGAGGCAGUUCGGUCGUGGUCCGCGUGAGAAACCCGCCGAGAGGCCCGAUGUCCAUGUUUUGCGACCAGAUGGAUCGCGGUGAAUUUGUCAGACGUGUGCAUGGAUCCCGUCGCGACAAUGGCGAUUUCCGGUUCGACGGCGUUCAACGAGCCGGCCAGCUUCGCUUCUACUUGCUGGCCAUGGGCGCGAAUCACCAACACACCGUCGAAGCGAUCCUUAAUGUAUCGUACUAG